UCUCCGAAGUUAUCAAAAAAGGAAAAAAAUCAAAAUCAAAACCAAAAUAUCAAAUAAAUAAAAAUCUCGCAAAAUAUUCUCUGAAAGAUUUAAAAGAUCGCAAAACACACAAACUUAAUCUCUCUCGCUGUCUUGCACACAUACGAAACAAAAACCCUAAAUAUCAGAGCGGUAUGGCGGCGGCGGUUGCAUCUGGAAUUGCCCCGACGACAGCGAUGGUUGAUCAAGUCAUCCCUAAUCAACCAGCGGUUACAGUUGCGUCUCCUCCUCACGCGACUCAGGUAGCUGCCGUUGCGGCUGCGGCGGCCGAAGUGUUACAAACGCACCCUAACUCGUCUCUCUAUGUCGGAGAUUUGGGCCAAACUGUCAACGAAGCACAUCUGUUGGAUCUCUUCAACCAAGUGGCUCCUGUCCAAACAGUUAGGGUUUGUCGCGACUUGACUCGUCGUUCACUUGGAUACGCUUACGUCAACUUCGCUAAUCCCGAUGAUGCCAUGCGAGCAAUGGAUAUUCUCAACUACACUCCGAUCAAAGACAGACCCAUAAGGAUCAUGCGUUCGAACCGUGACCCGAGCACAAGACUUAGCGGAAAAGGCAAUGUUUUCAUCAAAAACCUGGACCUUACCAUUGAUAACAAAGCCUUGUACGACACCUUCUCGAGUUUCGGGACCAUACUCUCAUGCAAGGUAGCCAUGGACGGUACGGGAAAGUCAAGAGGCUACGGCUUCGUUCAGUUCGAGAAGGAAGAAACCUCUCAAGCCGCUAUCGACAAGUUGAACGGGAUGCUUCUCAACGACAAGCAAGUCUUUGUGGGACCCUUUGUCCGUCGUCAGGACAGGACUCGCGAGAGCGGUGCUGUCCCGCGUUUCACAAAUGUCUACGUGAAGAAUCUGCCUAAGGAGAUUACAGAUGAUGAGCUUAAGAAGACGUUUGGGAAGUACGGAGAGAUCUCUAGUGCGGUUGUGGUGAAAGACGAGAGUGGGAACUCGAGGUGUUUCGGGUUUGUGAACUUCGAGAGCCCUGAGGCGGCUGCGGUUGCGGUUGAGAAGAUGAAUGGGAUUAGUCUUGGUGAGGAUGUGUUGUACGUUGGGAGGGCGCAGAAGAAGGCUGAGAGGGGUGAGGAGCUGAGGAGGAAGUAUGAGCAAGAGAGGUUGGAGAAGUCGAACGGAACGAAUUUGUAUGUGAAGAAUCUUGAUGAUGGUGUGAAUGAUGAGAAGCUUAAGGAGAUGUUUGCUGAGUAUGGUGAUGUGACCUCAAGCAAGGUUAUGACGAACCCAGAAGGUUUGAGCAGAGGGUUUGGUUUUGUUGCGUACUCUAGUCCUGAAGAAGCUUUAAAAGCUAUGAAUGAAAUGAAUGGGAAGAUUAUUGGAAGGAAGCCUCUUUACAUUGCUUUUGCUCAACGCAAGGAAGAGAGGAGGACUCAUCUUCAGACUAUGUUUUCUAUGAGACCAAAUGCACCAAUGGGUGGGUUCCAUCAUCACCCAACAGGAGGGCCAGCUGCAGGGCCACACCAUCAAAUGUACAUGGGCCAGAACGGUCAAGGUCUGGUGCCGUCACAGCCUAUGGGGUACGGGUACCAACUUCAGUUCAUGCCUGGGGUGCGUCCGGGUGCCGGCCCGGCUAACUUCAUGAUGCCUUACCCUCUCCAGAGGCCAAAUCAACCUGGUCCUCGUUUUGGGUUCAGGCGUGGUGCUCCUAACAUGCAGCACAACUUUCAGCAGCAACAACAAAUGAUGCAGCACAAUGUAAACUCUGGAAUGAGAUACAUGGGAGGUCCGGGUAACAGGAUGAACGGAGUGGAAGCAGCUGCCCCACAAGGCAUUGUGGAUGCAUCUGCAAUCUCUCACAAUGCUUCUCAAAACCCACAGAGGCCACCUCUCCUUCCCAUUUCUAAGCUCACUUCUGCCUUGGCACUGGCUAGCCCUUCCAAUCACUCGCAGAUUCUUGGAGAGCAGCUUUACCCACUUGUGGAAAAGCAGGAGCCAGUUCAUGUGGCCAAAGUUACAGGGAUGCUGCUAGAGAUGGACCAAGCGGAGAUCUUGCACCUUCUUGAGUCACCUGAAGCUCUUAAGGCCAAAGUGUCUAUGGCUUUGGAUGUCCUCAGACUCUCUGCUAAUCCAUCAGCUGUGUCAUCCGUUGAUGACCAGUUUGCUCCCUCCUCAACGGAGUGA